UAACUAUUUUUGUGUUUCACUUCCUGCCUCUCUGUGCUUUCCUCUUGUCUUUAUUUUCGGUUCCUGCUCUCUCGCUUCUCCAGCCUUUCCUUUCUUACAUUUUUUGUUUUCCUGUAGCUUUUUGUGAUGUUUGGGGUGUGUGUGUAGACACUGCCACUGGCCGUUGCUGUAUGUGACCUCGGCUGCAAACUGCUGCUCCAGAGGCUGGAAGUGGGUUGCUGCAACUGUUCUUUCGUGAAGCCAUUUUGUUUCUCAUUGUUGAGAAAUUCUGGAGGGCCUGGGAUGUUACCUAGCAGAAAAAAUAUCAAAGCAGCGAAGGUCCUAGCUUGUGGUUGGGGGGAAAGACUGGCAGCUGCCGUUUGUUGCAGAGAGGCAAAGAUGUAAGUUGCCCUUUUGAUACGAAUAAUAACCACUUUCCUCCUUGAAAAGCUCGCCCUGAGAAUUACUUAGCAGUUGAAAUGAAGGACACAGCGAGUUUCCUGUGUCCGGUGUGAGCCAGCUGAGCUGUCACUGUUUUUUCUGGCUUUCCCAUAAUUGCCCUCAGCUGCUAAGAAAAAGAGUAUUUGCAGAACUUUCUGAUAUAUCCCCGGACUUUUACGUCAAGGUUUUAUUUUGACAAGGGACAAGAAAACCGAGAGGGAAUGGCUGUUGUUUCUUCUGGGCCUCUGACACUUCUGAGAGCUGAGUGCUUCAGAAGACACUAGUUUGGAGUGCCCUCAUGUUUUAUUUGAUGGUCUUGAGUUGAGGGGGAAGAAAGAUGCUGUAAACCAUGCGGUCAUUUGCUUGUUGGGGAAGGACCUGAUGUGAAAUUUGGGCUUUGUUUUAGAGAGCCAUUCUCGACUGUUGUCUUAGUGUAAAAGAGUUUGAAAUGAGAGCAAAGCAACUCGCACGCACCAGCCAACAGAUGUUUUGCUUUUGCAUAGCUACAAUAUUUUGGGUGUGUGGGGGGUUAUCUUCUUUAGGUAUCUGACAGGCCUCUGUGCAAAGCUGCCUCUAACUCUUUAUCUUUCUCUAGCAAACUCAGGCUGUUUCUGAGAGUCCUCAGAAGAAAGUAACGUGACUCUGAGUCAGCUAAUUCUUCCCUCUCGCUCCCCUUGUCUCCGUGCUGCGGUUCCCUUUUCGAGGACGAGGGGGGCCGGCAGUCAGGCGCGCGGUAACCGCCGCGUAGGAGUUAGUGUCCUGUUGCGACCGCUUGGAAGAUCGCAGGUGGAAACACGAAGAGAGGGUGUAGCGUGACAGUAGAAGACCCAGACGUUUCCAUGCAAUGCGACUUCAAGCAGUCCUUUCAACUGUGGUGAUAGCAGUUAUGUAGAGCACAUUUAUGUGCUUUCCUUUGGAGCAAAAUAAAAUACUUUAAUUUUCUUAAAAUCAAAUUUGUGACUUAAUCACUAGUUAAUUUCUUUUUAGUCUUUAUGACUAAAUUUCUAUGGUUACAGGAAUAGUGGUGCUGUUAUGUGCAGCCGUUAUUGCUGCGAUCCAGGGUUUCUCUGGUAUGGAUAUGCUGCUUUACCCAAAGAAGGGGUUAGCAGAGAUAACUUUGAGCCAUUUCCUGAUGCAGGACUGCAGUAUUGCUCUUAGGUAGACUUCCUGACCUAUUGGAGCACGCUGGUGCUGUGAAAUAAAUAAUUAUGGAGCAUGUUGUUAUGUGACAAUGUUUCUGUACAUUACUUAUGUAAUAUCAGUGCUAUUGAGGUCCUUUGAAGAUGGUGUUAACGCCUAUUGACAUAGAUCUGCAGAUCAAGCCUGUUUCUUCUCAAGCCGCAGCGUACACAUGCUGUCAGUCGGUUGCCCUCCUUCCUUCAUACGUUACUAAAAAGUGCAACCCUGCAACCAUUUAAACAGAGCCAAAGUUGUCCUUCCUUCCAUCUGUGGUAAUAUCCUGAAGUCAGUAAUUCAAAUUUUCUCUAAUUAGUGAUGUCAGGAGCCGUGUUCGCUUUGAUUUGGAGGGCCUGGUCUCAGCCUGAGGUACUUAGCAGUCUGUGUAUGUGUUGAAAUCGGAGUCUGUGUUUAGCUCUUGGACGUCUGGCUUCAGGAAGGAAGACGUCCGAACUGUGGACAUCUAGAUACAGGUCACUGAAAGGCUGCUGAAGGCAUCUGAGUUGCUAGGAUUUGGUAAAAGUUCAGAUCCACAAGUGACUGAAAACUGUGAUUGAGCUCAAACUGGCAAGCCAAAAACCAAAGGAGUUGUUUUUAGCUUUUCUGUUUCCACCCUGUUAGUGCUGGGUACUUUUUCUUUUUCUUUCUUUUUUUUUUUGGUGCUAGGUUAAGUUAUCCCAGAAGGUGGCUGGAGCAAGAGUCAUUGUUUGGCAGUGUUUGGACAGUGUCUAAGGCAAUGGCCUGCGUUCAUACGCACUACUGUAACAUAUAAAUAGUAUUAAUUGCGAGCAGCUUCCCAGGUGGCCAUUGGGAACAGGGACAGUUUCUCUUCUUUUCUCCUAUUGUUCAUUUUUAAUGAUUUUUUUUUUUUAUUAAAUGCUUCCUGACAGAUGUACAUUUAGGAUUUAAUACAUGCAAAAUUAAGCCAAAGUGGGUGUUUGCCUGGGUUGUUGUAAGUGAAGUUUUGGUAACUUUUUGGACCUUUUUAAUUUGUUUUAACGUUUCUCAUGUUGAUAUUAUUAGACUGUGUGUGUAGAUUGUAGAACACUGCUAAAAAUGAGAGCAGUUAGUGAAACACACUUUAACCAUUAGAGAAGUGCCUUCAAGACUAUAUGGGGAAACUGAUGUGGAACUACAUAUUCCACUGACCUCUGAGGUAAUGAUGGCAUAGGAGAAAUUUUUUUUUGGCAAUUAGCAACUCUUAUCAGAUCACUCCCACGGGUAGGCACUGUGAGAGGAGACUUCUGAGACAAUGAAGAGUACUUGGAGACUAAUUUUGAAUCUCUUCCUGACCGGGAAAAUAGAAAGUGCUGUUACCUCAUUAGCUGCUUGCAGUGGAGAACUGGAACAGCACACAGAGAGACGGGGAGUCAUCUACAGCCCUUCCUGGCCACUGAACUAUCCUCCAGCUGUAAACUGCAGCUGGUACAUUCAAGGAGAUCGUGGAGACAUGAUAACAAUUAGUUUUAAGAACUUCGAUUUGGAAGACUCUCAGAAAUGUGCAGUAGACUGGUUGAUGAUCGGCCCAUCUUCCAAGAGGGAGGAGUACAAAGUGUGUGGCUCUUCCAUACCUCCAUCUUUCAUUUCUGCGAGGGAUCAUGUUUGGAUAUUUUUUCACUCCGAUGCAUCAAGCUCAGGACAGGCUCAGGGAUUUCGCCUUUCUUAUAUUAGAGGAAAAAUAGGUCAGGCUGUUUGCCAGUCAGAUGAAUUCCGCUGUGCAAAUGGAAAGUGUAUUCCCAGUACUUGGAAGUGUAAUUCCAUGGAUGAGUGUGGGGAUAAUUCGGACGAGAGAAACUGCACUGUCCCUCCAACAGAGCCUCAGUCCAGCAUCUGUCCCUCAGGAACAUUCCAGUGUAGUGUAGCCCAUUCCACCAAGUGCUUGAUGAACGAGCUGAGAUGUAAUUCAGUCAAGGACUGCAGUGAUGGUUCAGACGAAGACAAUUGUCCUGAUCUUUCUUGUGGUAAAAGGCUGGGUAAUUUUUAUGGGUCUUUUGCUUCCCCAGAUUUAUUCCGUGCUGAUCACAGCAGAUCAGACCUUCGUUGCACGUGGUACGUGGACACACAGGAUAAUCGACAUGUUCUGUUGCAGCUUGAUUUACAGUUAGGCUACAAUGACUAUGUAAAGGUGUAUGAUGGCAUCGGAGAGAGAGGUGAUAAAUUAAUGCAAACAUUUUCUUAUCACAACAACAGGCAUUCAGUGAGUGUGGAGUCUUCAAAGGGCCAACUCACUGUCUCAUAUCAUGCCCGUUCCAAGAGUACUGGCCAUGGGUUCAAUGCAACCUAUCAGGUGAAAGGAUAUUGCCUUCCUUGGGAACACCCUUGUGGAAGUGAUGAGGAGUGUUUCACAGAUAAGCAGCAUUGUGAUGGCUGGUGGCACUGUCCAAAUGGCAAGGACGAAGAGAACUGUCCCGCUUGCCAGAAGAAUGAAUACCCGUGUGAAGGAAACAGUGGGCUUUGUUACUCAAUACUUGACCGAUGUAAUAACCAAAAGAACUGCCCAGAUGGCUCAGAUGAAAAAAACUGCUUUACUUGCCAGCCAGGAAACUUCCACUGUGGUACAAAUCUGUGCAUCUUUGAGACUUGGCGCUGUGAUGGCCAAGAAGACUGCCAGGAUGGAAGCGAUGAACAUAACUGUCUGGUGAUCGUUCCCAGGAAGGUCAUCACCGCUGCUCUGAUUGGGAGUCUCGUGUGUGGCUUGCUGCUGGUGAUAGCACUGGGCUGUGCAUUUAAGUUAUAUUCUCUAAGGACCAGGGAAUACAGAGCAUUUGAGACCCAGAUGACACGACUAGAGGCAGAGUUUGUGCGGCGGGAAGCUCCACCUUCCUAUGGGCAGCUGAUCGCACAAGGACUUAUCCCACCAGUUGAAGACUUCCCUGUGUACAAUGCAUCGCAAGCUUCUGUGCUGCAGAAUAUUCGGACAGCCAUGAGGAGACAGAUGAGACGUCACUCGUCAAGACGGAGCUCGUCUCGAAGGCGCUUAGGCAGGCUCUGGAACAGGCUCUUCCACAGGCCGCGAGUGAGAGGACAGAUUCCACUCCUGACACCUGCCCGCACUUCCCAGACUACGCUGGGUGAUGGCAUCAUCAACCAUGCUGAUGGAAUCAUCAGCCGUGCUGACGGGACUGUUCGGAGUCCUCCGCCUUCCCCCGAAGGACCUAAUCUGGAGGCAGAUACUCUUGGCCAGGCCAGGGGCCAACACGAAGCUGGAUGUAGCAGCUUGCAGCCAGAGACUGAAAUCACAGAACCGUCGCCCUCUGAUGUCUUACCUAGUACUUGCACAGCUGCAUAUGCAGAGCCUGAGACUGGACACACUGACAAACCUUUGGGUACUGAGACCUCUAGCAGUGAGCUUAAACAGUCCAGUAAAGGGGAUUCAGGAAAGGCUUUCAGAGAUCCUUUGUCUGAAAGUGCUACAGAAACGAUCCAUGGAGGGUCAGCAUCCAGAAGGACUGUCCCAGAGGGCAGUAGUUUAAGUAGAAGUCAUCCAUUAAGUGAAGAGCCAUGUAGGUUACCCUUAAAAAAGUGGGAGUCUGCUUAUUCAGACAGCCCUGUGAAUGUUCAUAUCCAAAUGGAUGGACAAAACCGAUGUUGCCCUAACUCAUAUCGGGAGGAGCCUUUGGGUAUUCAUGCGGCUUGUUGCCAUUCUGUGGAAGUGCCAAUGUUAGAGUCCUCUACCCCCCUCUCAGAAAUCAAUACCAGUGAUGAUGAAUCUCUACUUGUUUGCUAAUAAAAUUUUGUUCCAGCCCUGUAGAUUUUGUAACUUCAUUGUUUAUAUUACGGUGCACUUUGAUUACUGGUGGUAAGUCUGUGCUCUCGACUUUGUCUGUUAAAACCAGUGUGCUUUAAUUCCCCUGGGAGUGCAAUACAAGACUAAAAGGGACAAGUUUUUGUCUUUGUUGCUAUUCCUGAAACUCCAGUGGGGCGGAAAUAGGCCAGUAUGUGUUAUCAGGGGCUAGGAGAGCAGGAAUGUGUCACAGCAGUUUGGAGGCAUCUCCAUCCUCUGUUACUUCUUCUGUGCAUUUAUUCACUUUGCAUUCAGGGAAUUUGUGUUUCUUUGCUUUUCCAAGUGGUCUUACUGAAACUAGAACUCUGUUGGAUUCUGAGGUAGGCACCAAUCGUUGUGACUGUGAGUACUAAACUAGAAAUAAAAUACUGUCUUUUCAGAUGUAAUUUAAUUAAAAUUUAAUAAUUUUAGUUAAAAAGAUUAUUUAGAAGGAAAUAAAAUCCUUGUAGCUUCCUCUUUUUCUCUUACAGAAAUCACUCCCUUCCUUUCCUCCCCUCAGAAAUAUGAUGAUGGCUGUAUGUACCUUGAAGCUUCCAAUGUUACCAAAGUUUCUUUAUAGAAUAUGCAGAGUGAAAUCAGGUUUCUUACCUGCUAUAACUUUGUAAUAAGAGAUUAUCUGUCUUCAGUACAAGUGGAGUGCAUUGAACCCCUUUUGCAGCAAUAUUUCUUUUUUAUAUUUUCAUAUGUUCUGUUACUUUCAUAGUGAUGUUGUGGAAGUUGAGGUAUUACUUUCUUUUUCCCUAUGCUCUUUUUGCCCUCUUCACUGCUUUUUUCAGGGACUUUUAUGAUUAUACCACUUUGUGUGUGCCCUGAAGAAUACUGAGGCUUCACAGCUCCUGUUGCCAGGAAGCACUGAGCACUUGGUAACUGUCAGGAUCAGACUUAUACAUUAUUUUGAAAUAUAAUCUGCUACCUGGGUGCAGAUCUAUAAACAUUUUUUUUAACUGAAAUAGAUCAGUGCGAUUUUUUUUUUUUUUUUUUUUUUAAAGCUGACACUGUGUGGACUUUGCAACACUUUAAUGUAAACAGGUGCCUUUUUGUUUUUUAGAGUGUAAUUAAAAGCAAGCAAGUUAUUUAGCUGGAAGAAGGGUGACAUUGCUCAAGUGGGAGUGACUCGGUGCAGACUGACCCAGCGUCCCUGUGUGGUGCUCGGCCCUGCUACGAUGGAUGGGGCUCUGCAUUCGUUUCUCUUUGGCCAUGUCCUAACGGGGACUCUGAAUUUCCCUGUGAUGCAGUGACAAACCCAAAUGCUUUGUACAGGAAUUAACAAGGAAGUUAAUGAUGUUGCUCCUCUUUAGCGAUCUCGGUGCUCUGAAGCCGAUCUACUGCUGUAGGAAUUCGGGCUGCCUGAAGCUCUUGACUGAACUUGUGAAACUGGUGGACUUGGCCGUCUGUAGAGCUGGGCUCUGCUGGCCGCGGGUCCCUUGUGAGCGUACUGGGAAAUAGGCUUUUGCAACGAACAGUAAGUUUACGUCAGUCAAAGAUGUUAUUCCUUUAAAUGGGCUGUAUUUUUGUCCUGCAUCUUUUACUGGAUCUCCCUGUGGGAGUUCGUUACAAAGAGCAAGGAAUAGGCCUUUGGCGUUAGCAAAAUGUAGUUCAGAAGAAUUACAUUAAAUUGAUUUUUUAUUUAUUCCUUCAGAUGCAAAUUGCUUUCAUAGUGUGUGUUCCAGCAGCAGGAGAUUCAAAUUCUUUAAGAGCAUUAAUAGCAGGAAGGGGUUGUGGCAAAAUGUGUAAUGAGUAAGAAUCACAGUUACAUGAAAUAAAUACUGCUCGCUCAUUUUUUUUUUCCAAGUGUUUUUGUCAUCAGGAUUCAUUUCAUCAAAGGAAAUGUAGUUUUAAGAGAGAUCUUACUUUCAUAACAUUUGUAAACAUUUUAGGUACAUUCCACCUUUGAAAGGUCAAGUACUGUAGUCAUUACACUGCCAGGGCUGUUUGUGUCUAAGGCUACAGUUUUUAGUGUUUUUUCUUUCUUUUCUUUUUUUUUUGUCUAAAGGUAAUUUUAAAUGCAUAGAACUGUAUUUAUAAAAUAGUAAACUUAAUUGGAAGGAAGAUUAUAUUUCAAGGUUAAUAUUGUGCAGAUAUGAAGGACCUUAUAAAUAAGUGUAUAUUUAGUUCUGUUACAGAAAUGUAUUUCUAUAAUAAAAUCAUUUUGAUCAUACUAUGCCUUAAAUCAUUAUCACCGCUGUAAGGCUCUUAAAAUUGAAAUAUGUGCUUCAAAAUACUGUUAUAUUUUGGGUACAGCUCUGAAUAGCUAACACUGUAUUUUAGUUUAAAAUGUGUAACUUCACAUAAUUUCUUACAUAUACAUAUUUUGCGUACAGAUCCAUUUAGUAACUCAAUGGAAAUUUCGGUGAGAAAGUUUUACUUCAGAAACUUUUACCGAUCCAGGUGAAUGGAAAUUUGAUGCUUGUGCACAGAAAUGUUCACAGCCCUCACUAUCAAGGUUUAUAGCCCUGCAUAAACGAGAGAUAUGUCUGAUGCUUUUUGUAAGCACAUAACUUUUGUAUUCUGCAAUAAAAUACUCUCUCCUGCC